GCAAUACUCAUUCCUCAUUUCACUUUAUUCUCUCUGUGCAUCUGAUUCCAAAAAUUGUGAAGAACUGAGAAGCAGGAGAAACGAUGGCAGACAAGCCAAGUCGAUCGCUGGUCUUAUUCGGCGAUGGAUUUGCUCGUUUCGUUGAUUCAUCGCACUCCCACCUUCACUCUCUCGCUUCUGUAUCUUCCUGCGGUUUCUUGAGUCUCCCGAAUUCUCCACCAUCAGAAAGCGGGGAUGAGAGGGCAGUUAGAGAAUUUGCAGUGCUGCUGGAUGCAUGUCAUACUUAUUCUAAUAUGAAGGGGGAAAUCAGUGAUGGUGAUAGCCAUGAGGAUCCACCAAAACAAACCUUGUCUGACAGGUUUAUGGGAAUGAAAGCUGCUAUUUUGACCAACAAUUCAAGCUUGAAGUCUUUUAGUGCCAAACUUGGAUUUAGUGUGCUCCAACUGAACGAGUUACUGGGAGGUCGUUCUGCUGAGGUUGUGGCCCUUGAGCUGCUCAAGUUGCUUGGCCUUGAAGAAGGGAAGGUGCUGGACAAUGACCAUUAUGAUCUUGUUUUCUUUCACGUUGGAGCUGGUGAACAGGAAGUGGUUGCUGCUGAUGUGGGGUAUUUGGAUGCUUUGGUUGGAGGGAUAAUGAGUCAAGCACAGCCCGGAUCUGACAUCGGUUCACGUCUGCAUUUGUCCGCUGUCAUGAGCUAUGGCAGUGUCUUGGAGGGUGACGAUUCUAAGUUUCCUGUUUCAAAGAGGGUUGAUGAGAAGAACUCUCAUCUUUCCGUGCUUUAUCCUCUACAAAGUUACGGUAUGAAAGGAGGGAUUCCUCGAAAGGAUGUAAGGUCAUUUUCUCCCAUGUUAAUUGCCCAAUGGCAAUAUGCUGUGACUCGCAAGGAUAAUGCAGAGAGAUUUUCUUUUGAAGACUUUAUGGAGCGGGGUGGAAACCUUACAAUACCGGCAGAUAGGUUCUUGCAUGAGAUAGCCUUUAAGCUUUGGAAAGCUCCCAAGUAUGGAGCUUGAUUUCUUUUUUUGUGUUCCUUUCUAACUUUUUUGUUGCCCACUUGUCACAACAGUAUAGCUAUUUAAAAGUUCUGAUUAACAAGUAUACUUCGGGCUCUAAAGUCCAGACUAUGUUGCAUGAUGCAAAAACUAAUAAGAUCUCGAUGAUUGAACUAUA